AUGUUUCAUCCCUUACCAUGGACUGCUUUUGAAGAUGACAAAGCUCACUUCUGGGUCCAUUAUGGCCUCUGUGCAUUUGCCCUCUUGUUAGCAGUAGUGACAUUCAUCGCUCAGUGGACAAAACCAGCUCCUUAUGGACGACAUGAAAAAUCUGGCAAGUCAUGUGGCCCUAUGGUGCAUCAGAGAAUAGCCCACACAAUAUCUGAUGCUAUCCCAGGGGUUCUUGUUUUUACCCUGGUAUUCUUUUUAUAUGGCCGUCAGAGAGAAUAUCCGAACAUAACAUUCUAUUGCUUAUGGCAGUGUCAUUACAUUCAUCGUGGAUUUAUACACCCCUGGAUUAUGAAAUACAGCAGUCCAACGACCCCGAUUGGAAUACCACUUGGAGGGUUCUUCCCCAAUCUCCUUUACAGCUUUCUCAAUUCUGAUUGGAUUGGGGCAGCAGAUUACAGUGACGAUUACUACAAGGACCCUCGGUUUAUAAUUGGCAUAGUUUUAUUUGUGGCAGGCUUCAUCAUCAAUCGCUACGCAGACUUAACACUUCGCAAGCUAAGAACAAACUACAGUGAAGGUUACUCCAUUCCACAUGGGUGUUUAUUUGAAGUCAUAUCAUGCCCUAAUUAUUUUGGUGAAAUGCUGGAAUGGUUUGGUUGGGCUUUAGGAACCUGGUCUCUAGCCGGGUUAGCCUGGUUUUUAUUCAGCAGUGCAACAUUUGUUCCUCGUGCCAGGCAUAAUCACCAGUGGUAUAAGAAUCAAUUUCCUGAUUAUCCAGCUGAUCGAAAAGCUUUGCUACCAUUUGUAUAUUGA